UCUUAGUUCCCCGACCAGGGAUGGAACCCAUGCCCCUUGCAUUGGAAGGAGGAUUGUUAACCCCUGGAGCACCAGGAAAGUCUUGUCUUUGGAACGAGCUGGUUACGUGGGAGCUACCUUGAGGGUCACCACCUUCAUUACAGAAUCAGAACUGUGUUUGCAGAAGUGGCUUCUCAGGGCGAGAUGAGUGCCUUAUCCAUCGUCUUAAUGACCUGACUUUCCCCACCACCACCCCCACCCCCACCACCAAAACAUGGCACGGGAGGAGCAUCUAGUGUUUAGGGGAGAAAGCCGAGGUUUUAGAAGAAUGGCAGAGAAGGCUUUCUGAGGAAGCGACAUUUGAGUAAAGACCUGAAGGAAGUUGAGGAAAAGCCACAUGGAUACGUGGGACCACUGACUUCUGGGUGGCAAGUUGGUGUCACCGUGGCAGCCAGCCUGGGCCUGCAUCAUUAAGUGUGUUGAGUUCUAGAAAGCGAAGAGAAGGCUCUGGAGCAAAAGCUCCCACAAAACCCACAACUCAUCGUGCUAACUCAUUGGUCCUCUCCUCUUGUCAUUGUCCCAUUUCCACCUGUAUCCUCGGUUCUGCUCCAGCUAAGACGUGAACACCAAUAGCAGCCUUGUUAUUUUUCUUUCUUACAGUUCAAAACUCACAGAACAUUGAGAGCAUUUUGCACAGAAAUUGCCCUUCUGGUUGGACUUCUUGUGUGUGUCUGCAGUGCUCACCACACUGCUUUCUGUGCAAAGAUGCCCCCAACAACUGUCUGUGAAACGGACUUCCUGACCUAAGAGGGGACAGUUAGUUACUCCAUAAUGCCCCCUACUCAGAAUUUGUCUCCUGGGAGAGUUGGUUCAAACUUGUGUCUCAGUGGUCAUGAAGAUCAGUCCUCAAUGGAAAUAUUCCUUCAACUAUCUUUUAAACCCCAGAUUGCUUCCCAGACAAGCAAGGGUUCCGUUAGCACCUACCAAAGUGAUGAACACCCUCCUUAAUAGAAGGUCUGUCCUGUAGAUGAAGAAACAAACUUUUUAAGCAUUUGAAUGACUGUCUCACACAACACUUAUUUUUUUAACUCAUCUUUCUAAUGUUUAAUCUAAUCAAUUAUUCACUAGUCCCAUGGUCUCCAACUACUUAUCUCACACACUUCAUAAAAAAAGUUGAAUGCGUUCCUAUAUUCUAUGUUUAUUUAUAAACUAUACAGUCCUUGCCAAUAGCUAAUAUUUCAAAACACAGUAUACAUAGGGGACCAGUUCAUUUUUAAGCAUAAGGUAUACAAGUCCCUCCGUUCUUUUAUUAAACAGUUAUAUACUGAGGAUCUUCUGAAGCAGACACAGUUCUGAUCACUACACAGUGAACAAAGCAAACAAAAUUCCCACACUCCUGUGGCAUAGAAUCUAGUGGAGGAUGAAAGAUCAUAAGUAAAAUAAAUAAGUAAACUGUACAGCAGUGUCACAUGACAGUAAGUGCCAUGGACAAAAUAAAAUAGGAAGGAGCACUAGAGCGGGUUUUAGGGGGGAAGUGCAAUUUUAAAUUGCGUCAGAGAAAGGGAGUAAAGAUCUAAAGAUUAGGGAAUUAACUGGUUGACUGUUUGUAACCAUAUGACAUAGAGAAUGAAGGUGUCCAUGUCAAUGCAUUAUAUAAAUAUUAGUAAAGCAUAGUUUCUUUAUUUAGAUGACUAAUAUAAAUGGAAUUCUAAUAUUUUCCCUUGUGCCUAAGUGGAAAGACCACUGAUGUAAUGAGGAACUGACUUAAACAGGUAUAUUAUUGCAGUUCACUUUUGAGAUCUAGCAGGUUGCUGUUUCCUUCUCCAAGGGAUCUUCCCCACCCAGGGAUCAAACCUGGGUCUCCUGCGUUGCAGGCAGAUUCUUCACCAUCUGAGCCACCAGAGAAACACCCAAAAAAGAUUAUUGCAGUUCACCUUUGGAAUCUAGCCACAAUGAUGAAGUUUGGAUGGCUGUAGCACUAACAGAUAUGGCAGUGUAGAGUAAAUUAGCUCUUUGAUUCAGGCUCAACUUGGUUCCGAGGGCAAGUUUAAGAUCCUAUGGUUUAUUUAUCUGUGAGCAAUUCUCUUAAACAUCGAGAGUCAUUUUGUGCUUUUUUGUCUUGCUUUAAAGCAGGUGAUUAGGGGGAACACAUGCACAAAAGUGCAUCUGAACAGCUGGUAGUUACUCACUCACAGGAAGCGGUAACUUGUUGGUUUUUUUUUCCUUUCUGUUGAGUUAUGUUAAUGUAGAAUGAGCAUUUCCCUUUUUACCAGAGAAGAAAAAUUUGUUCGGCCUGGUGAAGCUUCAGGAGGGAGAGACUUAAGGGAAUUGAUAUUUUUAAAUAUCUCGCCACUCAAAUAACAGCAAUACAAUGAGCUUCCGAGGAAAGGUUUUUAAACGGGAUCCCAGUGAAUUUUGGAAGAAGAGACGAACAAUGAGGAGAAAAAAUCAAGAAGAAAUCCACAGAUUUACCUCUCAAGAAAAGCCUCGGCUUCUCGAGCCUUUGGAUUAUGAAACUGUCAUUGAAGAACUUGAAAAGACCUAUCAGAAUGACCCCCUUCGAGAUCUCCUGUUCUUCCCCAGUGACGACUUUUCAACCACCACAGUAUCUUGGGACAUCCGAACCUUGUAUUCAACAGUACCUGAAGAUGCGGAGCACAAAGCAGAAAAUUUACUGGUGAAAGAGGCUUGUAAAUUUUAUAGUUCCCAGUGGUAUGUGGUAAACUACAAAUAUGAACAGUAUUCUGGAGACAUUCGACAGUUACCUCGAGCAGAAUACAAACCAGAGAAACUUCCUUCACAUUCCUUUGAGGUUGACCAUGAAGAUGCUGAUAAGGAUGAAGAUACCACUUCCCACUCAUCUUCCAAGGGCGGAGGGGGAACGGGAGGGACCGGAGUUUUCAAGUCUGGUUGGCUCUACAAGGGGAAUUUUAACAGCACCGUGAAUAACACCAUUACUGUUCGGUCAUUCAAAAAGCGCUUCUUCCAGCUGACUCAGUUGCCAGAUAAUUCCUACAUCAUGAACUUCUAUAAAGAUGAAAAAAUAUCCAAAGAACCCAAAGGCUGUAUCUUUUUGGAUUCCUGUACAGGUGUGGUACAGAAUAACAGACUAAGAAAAUAUGCCUUUGAAUUGAAAAUGAAUGACCUGACCUAUUUUGUGUUGGCGGCUGAAACGGAGUCAGAUAUGGAUGAAUGGAUCCACACCCUCAACCGAAUCCUGCAGAUCAGUCCUGAGGGACCCCCUCAGGGCAGAAGGAGUGCAGAGCUCACAGAUCUGGGGCUGGAUUCCCUGGAUAAUGCUAUAACUUGUGAAAGCACACCGGAGGAAGCUGAUUCUUCAGAGAACAGCCUGCACCCAGACUUCACGAAAUACCUCACAGAAACUGAAGAGACUGUCAAAGCAACUCGAAACAUGGAGAGGCUAAAUCUGUUCUCGCUGGAUCCAGAUAUAGAUAGCUUGAAACUUCAGAAAAAGGACCUUUUAGAACCUGAGUUUGUGAUCAAACCAUUUGAAGAGAAAGCCGCCAAGAGAAUCAUGAUUAUUUGUAAAGCUCUCAACUUAAAUCUUCAGGGAUGUGUGACAGAGAAUGAAAAUGAUCCGAUAACGAAUAUUGAGCCUUUUUUUGUGAGUGUGGCACUUUAUGACCUCAGAGACAGCAGGAAGAUUUCUGCCGAUUUCCACGUGGAUCUGAACCACACUGCUGUCAGGCAGAUGCUCUUAGGGGCGUCCGUGGCUGUGGAAAAUGGAAACAUAGACACUGUCACUCCCAGACAAUCAGGAGAACCUCACAUCAAGGGAUUUCCAGAAGAAUGGCUAAAAUUUCCAAAGCAGGCUAUAUUUUCUGUAAGCAAUCCACACUCUGAAAUUGUUUUAGUGGCCAAAAUUGAAAAAGUACUGAUGGGAAACAUUGCAAGUGGUGCUGAACCUUAUAUUAAAAAUCCAGACUCCAACAAGUAUGCACAGAAGAUACUAAAAUCCAACAGGCAGUUCUGCAGCAAGUUGGGGAAAUACCGCAUGCCGUUCGCUUGGGCAGUAAGAUCAGUAUUUAAGGACAACCAGGGAAAUGUGGACAGAGACUCAAGAUUUUCACCACUGUAUAGACAAGAAAGUAACAAGAUUUCAACUGAGGACCUCCUGAAACUAGUAUCAGAUUAUAGAAGAGCUGACAGAAUAAGCAAAACACAGACCAUUCCCGGGAGCCUGGAUAUUGCUGUUGACAACAUUCCUUUGGAGCAUCCAAACUGUGUAACAUCGUCCUUUAUUCCUGUCAAGCCUUUCAAUAUGACGGCAAAACCAGAACCCACAGUGGAAGUGGAAGAAUUUAUUUAUGACUCAACAAAGUGUUGCCGUCCUUAUAGAGUAUACAAAAAUCAGAUUUACAUUUACCCCAAGCACCUCAAGUAUGAUAGCCAGAAAUGUUUCAACAAGGCACGAAAUAUAACCGUGUGCGUUGAAUUCAAAAAUUCUGAUGAGGAAGAUGCCAGGCCCUUGAAGUGUAUUUAUGGAAAACCUGGAGGGCCCCUCUUCACCUCGGCUGCCUACACUGCAGUUCUGCACCAUUCCCAGAAUCCAGAUUUCUCGGAUGAGGUGAAAAUUGAGCUCCCAACACAACUUCAUGAGAAACACCAUAUUCUGUUCUCUUUUUAUCAUGUCACUUGUGACAUCAAUGCAAAAGCUAACGCCAAAAAGAAGGAGGCACUGGAAACACCAGUUGGAUAUGCUUGGCUUCCUUUGAUGAAAGAUGAUCAGAUAGCUUCUCAAGAGUAUAAUAUCCCAGUAGCAACAAGCCUGCCUCCAAAUUAUUUAAGCUUUCAAGAUUCUGCAAAUGGGAAGCAUGCUGGGAGUGAUGUUAAAUGGGUUGAUGGUGGUAAACCACUUUUCAAACUAUCAACAUUUGUUGUAUCAACAGUGAACACUCAGGAUCCACAUGUGAACGCAUUUUUCCAACAAUGCCAGAAAAGAGAGAAAGAUAUGUCUCAGUCACCUACCUCGAAUUUCGUCCUCUCUUGUAAGAACUUACUGAAUGUGGAAAAGAUUCAUGCAAUCAUGAGUUUUCUGCCUAUAAUCUUGAAUCAGCUCUUCAAGGUUCUGGUACAGAAUGAAGAAGAUGAAAUAAGCACCACUGUGACCAGGGUUCUGACCGACAUCGUGGCCAAGUGCCAUGAGGAGCAACUGGACCACUCUGUCCAGUCCUACAUUAAGUUUGUGUUCAAGACUACGGCAUACAAGGAGAGAACUAUACAUGAAGAACUGGUUAGAAAUAUGACUGGUCUUUUGCAAUCAAAUGACUCCACAACAGUCAAGCAUGUCCUGAAGCAUUCCUGGUUCUUCUUUGCAAUUAUUCUAAAAUCCAUGGCACAGCACUUGAUUGACACAAAUAAAAUUCAGCUUUCUCGGCCUCAAAGAUUUCCUGAAUCUUUUCAAAAUCAAUUGGACAAUCUUGUCAUGGGCCUCGCUGACCACAUGAUUUGGAAAAACAAAGACGCACUUGAAGAAACAAGAAGGGCAAACCACAGCGUUGCCAGAUUUCUUAAGCGCUGCUUUACAUUUAUGGACCGGGGUUUUGUGUUUAAGAUGGUUAACAGUUACAUCAGCAUGUUCUCCUCUGGUGAUCCCAAGACCUUAUGCCAGUAUAAAUUUGAUUUUCUCCAAGAAGUAUGUCAGCAUGAACACUUUAUUCCCUUGUGUCUCCCCAUAAGAUCAGCAAACAUUCCAGAUCCUUUGACACCUUCAGAAUCAAUACAGGAAUUACAUGCAUCAGAUAUGCCUGAAUAUUCGGUCACGAAUGAAUUUUGCCGCAAACACUUCUUAAUCGGAAUUCUGCUCCGAGAAGUUGGCUUUGCUCUGCAAGAAGAUCAAGAUAUCAGGCACUUGGCUUUAGCUGUCCUAAAAAAUCUAAUGGCUAAGCAUUCAUUUGAUGAUCGAUACAGAGAACCAGAAAAGCAGGCCCAGAUAGCCAGUUUAUACAUGCCCCUCUAUGGCAUGCUUCUGGACAACAUGCCAAGGAUUUACCUGAAGGACCUGUAUCCUUUUACCAUCAAUACAUCAAAUCAGGGGUCUAGAGAUGACCUCAGUACCAACGGCGGAUUCCACACCCAGUCAGCUAUGAAACAUGCCAACUCUGCAGACACAUCAUUUUCUAAAGAUGUUUUAAAUUCUAUAGCAGCAUUUUCAUCAAUAGCUAUUUCUACAGUAACCCAUGCUGAUUCCAGAGCUUCGUUAGCAAGUCUUGACUCCAACCCAAGUACCACUGAGAAGAGCAGUGAGAAGACCGACAACUGUGAAAAGAUCCCAAGACCCUUGUCUUUGAUAGGCUCAACUCUCCGAUUUGACAAGUUAGAUCAAGCAGAAACCAGGAGUCUUCUCAUGUGCUUUCUACACAUUAUGAAAACAAUUUCGGAAGAGACUCUGAUUGCCUACUGGCAAAGAGCCCCCAGUCCAGAGGUGUCUGACUUCUUCAGCAUCUUGGACGUCUGUCUUCAAAAUUUCAGAUAUCUAGGGAAACGGAACAUAAUAAGAAAAAUUGCUGCUGCAUUUAAAUUCGUGCAGUCCACCCAAAACAAUGGAACUCUCAAAGGAUCGAAUCCAUCCUGCCAGACUUCUGGCCUUUUGUCACAAUGGAUGCACACCACUUCCAGUCAUGAAGGACAGAAGCAGCACAGAUCACAAACUUUACCAAUAAUUCGAGGCAAAAAUGCACUUUCUAACCCCAAGCUCCUCCAGAUGUUAGACAAUACCAUGACCAGCAACUCUAAUGAAAUAGACAUUGUGCACCACGUGGACACAGAGGCCAACAUCGCUACAGAGGUUUGCCUGACUAUUCUAGACCUGCUGACCCUCUUCACUCAGGUCCACCAGAGACAACUCCAACAAUCUGAAUGUCAGAAUUCAAUGAUGAAAAGGGUCUUUGACACCUACAUACUCUUUUUCCAAGUCAACCAAUCAGCCACCGCACUGAAACACGUGUUUGCCUCCUUGAGGCUGUUUGUGUGCAAGUUUCCUUCAGCGUUUUUCCAAGGGCCUGCUGAUCUGUGCGGAUCAUUCUGCUAUGAAGUCCUAAAAUGCUGUAACCACAGGUCACGGUCAACUCAGAUGGAAGCAUCAGCACUUCUAUACUUCUUUAUGAGGAAGAAUUUUGAAUUUAACAAACAGAAGUCAAUUGUACGGUCGCACUUACAACUCAUCAAGGCCGUAAGCCAGUUAAUAGCUGAUGCUGGGAUUGGAGGCUCUCGUUUUCAGCAUUCCCUUGCUAUUACCAAUAAUUUUGCUAAUGGAGACAAGCAAAUGAAAAACAGCAAUUUCCCAGCAGAGGUGAAAGACCUGACUAAACGAAUAAGGACUGUUUUGAUGGCCACAGCUCAGAUGAAGGAGCAUGAGAAGGAUCCAGAGAUGCUGGUGGAUCUCCAGUACAGCCUGGCAAACUCCUAUGCCAGCACCCCUGAGCUGCGGAGGACCUGGCUAGAAAGCAUGGCCAAAAUUCAUGCAAGAAACGGAGAUUUAUCUGAGGCAGCCAUGUGUUACAUCCAUAUAGCUGCCCUCAUCGCAGAAUACCUGAAAAGAAGGGGUUACUGGAAAAUGGAAAAGAUUUGCCUACCAUCCCUGCUCCCGGAGGAUGUCCACCCCUGUGAUAGCAACCCAUUACUAACAACUCCCAGUGGAGGAAGCAUGUUCUCUAUGGGCUGGCCAGCUUUUCUGAGUAUUACACCAAAUAUUAAAGAAGAAGGGGCAAUGAAAGAAGAUUCGGGCAUGCAAGACACACCAUACAAUGAGAAUAUCCUGGUGGAGCAGCUGUACAUGUGUGUGGAGUUUCUCUGGAAGUCUGAGAGAUAUGAGCUCAUCGCUGAUGUCAACAAACCCAUCAUUGCAGUCUUUGAGAAGCAGAGAGACUUCAAAAAAUUAUCCGAUCUUUACUACGAUAUUCAUCGGUCAUAUCUGAAAGUUGCAGAGGUGGUGAAUUCAGAGAAGCGACUCUUCGGUCGCUACUAUCGUGUGGCAUUUUAUGGGCAGGGAUUUUUUGAAGAAGAAGAAGGCAAAGAGUAUAUUUAUAAAGAGCCUAAGCUGACAGGUCUCUCUGAGAUUUCUCAAAGACUGCUCAAGCUCUAUGCAGAUAAAUUCGGAGCAGACAAUGUGAAGAUAAUCCAGGACUCCAAUAAGGUGAACCCCAAGGAUUUGGACCCCAAAUACGCCUACAUCCAAGUGACUUAUGUCACGCCAUUCUUCGAAGAAAAGGAAAUAGAAGACCGGAAGACGGACUUCGAGAUGCACCACAAUAUCAACCGCUUCGUCUUCGAGACGCCCUUCACGUUGUCGGGCAAGAAGCAUGGUGGCGUGGAGGAGCAGUGCAAGCGGAGAACCGUCCUGACAACAAGUCACUUGUUCCCCUACGUGAAGAAGAGGAUACAGGUCAUCAGCCAGUCGAGCACAGAACUGAAUCCCAUUGAAGUGGCGAUUGACGAGAUGUCCAAGAAAGUUUCUGAGCUUAAUCAGCUUUGCACGAUGGAAGAGGUGGACAUGAUCAGACUGCAGCUCAAACUCCAAGGCAGUGUCAGUGUCAAGGUUAAUGCAGGACCAAUGGCCUAUGCACGGGCUUUUCUUGAAGAAACCAAUGCAAAGAAAUACCCUGACAACCAAGUAAAGCUUUUGAAGGAAAUCUUCAGGCAAUUUGCAGAUGCAUGUGGCCAGGCCCUGGAUGUGAAUGAGCGCCUCAUCAAGGAGGACCAGCUGGAGUACCAGGAGGAACUGAGGUCCCAUUACAAGGACAUGCUCAGCGAGCUCUCGGCAAUCAUGAAUGAGCAGAUUACCUACCGGGACGACCCAUCAAAGCGAGGAGUGGAGCGAACUUGCACUCGAGUAAUUAACAAGGUGGCUCCCUCUCUGCCCGCGGUCUCUGUCUCACCCAGUGGAGAAGUUUGAGAAGUCCACAGCAUCGGACACUCCUCCUUCAAGGGAACUCUGAAUUUGCAACUAAUCUCGGGGAAGAGAAGGAUAACAUUUAAUUUAUUUGAAGUUUUUAUGGUGGUGUUCAUAUUGUUUUUUACCUCGCUAGCUUGAGAAUUUUGCCAGCCUCCAGAUUUGCACAUUUAUUACAAUUUUUUUUUUCCUUUGAGUGACGUUGAUCAAGCAAGCUGAAUAUUUGCUAUGAAAUUCCAAUGAAUGUGUAAUUCAAAAGCUGACUGUAAGUCUGCUGUCGGUCACAUUAUGUUCAAUACCCAGUCCUCGCACACAUAUUUUAAAGGUCAAAGUGAAUGUUUUUGUAACAUUUAAGCGUAUUUCAGAUGUAAAUAGAAGAUUGUAAAAUAUAUGGUUUUUACCAAAUUUAAAAGAGCCUUUUUAGGUAUUACUUAUGACAGUGCUAAAAUUAUAUGAGUAACAUUUCAGAUACUGUUGUAUUAAAAUAUUUGUGUAUGUGUACAAAAGUGUUGAUAAAUACUAAUCUUUAAAGUUUGUGGAGUUUCUUUCUUUGUAAUAUAUGUGCUCUUAAAAGCAAUGAGAUGUGAAAUUAUGGAAGCCUUUUGUUGUUCAUAGAAAUAAAAAAAUACAAUUACUUUGCA